AUGUUUCAUCACACGAAGGUGGUCGUCCAUCCCGUCUACAUAUCCAACAAUGCUAACGACUUCUAUAAAGUGGCCCCCGGCCAUGACUUCGCCAUCCUGUACCACACCAAGAAACGGGGGAGGAUAAAUGUCACCAACGUCACCGACUCUCUGUACGACGAGGAGCUGAGACAUCUCCAUGACAAGCUGGGUAGGAAAAAGGUUGUGGUUGUGAUAGACGAUCUGGAGGACAGCAGUGACAAGGAGAAAACCAGAAUUCAAACAGCACAAGAAGACCUUCAGAAACACGCAUGCGAUUUAUUCCUCUUCUCCACGGCAGAUAAAAAUCAUAUCGAUGGGAAGGGAACGGUCCAAGGAGAAGCAGCAAAAAAAACUGAAAGAUUUAAAGAAUGCAAUUAAAACAGGCAGAAGAGCAGCAAAGAAGAGAAAACCCUUCCAGUUUCCACCAAACAGGAAGACGCAGCCAGCUGACCCAACCAGCAGGUACCAAUGA